AAACAAUACAUAUUUGAAAAACUUUUCGUUUUAACAGUAAUGGGGGAAAGGCAUGUAUUUGUUGAGCAAACCUUGUAUAAUGCAAAGGACAGUUAUGAAUGAACCUUGUACUUUGUUAUAAUUAGUAAUUAGUAGUAGUGGCGUAUGAACGUCAUUGAAGUGUAAUUUAUUUAAAUACCUACAAUAUUUGUUUCUAUACUGCACAUAUUUAAAAAUGAACUUUAUCAGUUUUUGUGGAUUAUUUUAACAGGCUAUUUUGUUCCAAUAAGAUAAAAAGAACUUUAAUCUGCCCUUUCAAACCAUCUUUUGAGAUGAAUUACAAGAUAAUUUUUAUAGGAUUCAAGGAAAAUCAUAGGUAACAUUCUGAUUUAAUGAAAUGAACCCCUUUUACGACUUCUUUCAACGUAAUCAUGCCUUGGCUAAAAUUGAAAAUGCUCAUGUAACAAAAUCUCCUUAUUUAUAUUUAGAAGAUUUUGAUUUGUAUUGUUUACCUAAGACACUGAUAAAAUGUUCAGAACUGAGGUCAUUAUUCUUAGCACGUAACAAAUUUGAAGAUUUACAUGAAGAUAUUACAAAGUUAAAAAAUUUAACUGUACUCGCAGUUGAUUAUAAUAAUAUUCAAGAAUUCCCAAAAUCAAUUAGAGAACUUGUACAUUUAAAAUCUUUAAACAUUAGCCAUAAUCCAAUUAAAUGCUUAUCCGGCGAUUUAGCAUGCUUAACUGAAAUAGAAACGUUAUGGUGUAAUGGCUGUCUUCUAAAAAAAUUACCUGACGAGAUUGGUUCUUUGCACAAUCUACAUACUUUAGGAGCUCGUAGCAAUGAAAUAUAUGAGUUACCUGAAGCUAUUUGUAACUUGAAAAAGUUGAGAUGGCUUACAUUAGAAAAUAAUAAAAUAACUGAUGUCCCAGAAAAGUUUGGUGCAUUAGAAUCAUUAGUUCAUCUAAACUUGAACAAUAACAAUUUUAGUCACAUACCAAGUGAAUUUUGUAAAUUGAAACAACUUCGAUUUCUUUAUUUAAAUGAUAAUAAAAUUGCCUCAUUCAUUUCAAAUAUAUUUGAAGAUUUAAGGCAUAUACAAAGAAUUUCCCUGCUGAAAAAUCCAAUUACUGUUACUGAAUUAAUACAAAAGGAAUUCAGUAAUUUAGAGUUACCUGGUACAGAAUGGCAGCAAACACCAAAUAAUGAUAAUUCUGAUUCAAGUUCAGAAGAAUGGGAGACAAGCAUGGAUAGUUCUGAAAUUGAUAUUAUAACUACUGAUUCAGAUAUGGAUGAGGACGAAAUUUUUGGUGAAUAUUUCCCAAAAAUCUCGAAAUUUCUUUUAACAUAUUGAUAAAAAUUAUUAUAACGGUAUCAUAAUAAAAUGCUAUUUUCCUUUUAAAA